AAAAAGUCUGACAUCAGAAGAAAAUGUUCUAUGCACAUCUACUUAUGAGCAAGCGUGGCCCUUUGGCCAAAAUAUGGCUUGCAGCUCACUGGGAGAAGAAGCUUACCAAGACACAUGUGUUUGAGUGCAAUUUAGAAACCUCAGUUCAAGACAUUAUUUCAUCAAAGGUGAAGAUUGCUUUGCGGACAUCAGGGCACUUGUUACUUGGGGUUGUGAGAAUUUACCACAGGAAAGCAAAGUACCUUCUGGCAGACUGCACUGAGGCUCUUCUAAAAAUAAAAAUGGCAUUUCGACCAGGGCUUGUAGAUCUUCCAAAAGAGCAUCUAGAAGCUACUUAUAAUGCCAUUACACUUCCUGAGGAGUUCCACGAUUUUGAUACUCAGCUUCCUGAUUUAAAUGCGAUUGAUGUUGUAGAGUAUUUUACAUUAAACCAAAGCAGAGUCGAAGAGAUCACUCUCAGAGAAGAAUAUAGCAGCAAUGUUCUUUUACAAGAUGAAGGAUUUGGUGAAGAUCCUGAAGUCUUACGACAAGGGAAUACAUCUGAUGAUAACUUGCUAAUGAAUACUAGUGAAAGCCUUCUGCCUGAUCAGAGUUAUGCAAGUCCUUUGAAAGAUAAGUGUGGUUUGCACAUGGACAAAGAUGGAUUUGGUGAUGAAGGAGCUGGUGAUAUGCUUGAUGCUCUUCUGAAUGGUGAAAAUGAGGAUGUAUUUGCAGAUCUGACUACUAAUAUUGAAGUUCCUCAAGAUGUUCCAGUCCUCAAUGACCCUCUAGAUCAAUAUGCUGUAGAGGAAGCAGAAACGUCAGAUAAAGCACUUCCAGCAGAAAUCCUGCCAGCAGGAGAUUACACCACACUGCUACAGAAUGAAGAAGAAGGAUUUGCACUUGAACCAGUAGAUGCUUCUGUGGUGUCUUUUGAAAAAAAGAGGCCCAAAAGGAGGAGGAAACUGAUUGUAGAUGAAGUCAAGGAACUGAGUAGCAGUAAUAUACGUGAGCAGAUCAACAACUCCAUGGACUUAGUAGCACCUGUUGACAUAGCUCCACCAACAAAGAAAUUGAUGAAGUGGAAGGAGUCAGGAGGAGUUGAUUAUUUGUUAUCUAAUCCAGGGCAGUGCCUUGGGAAUCCAAAACUAAACGCAAUGUUCACCAGGUGCCUCACAUUCAGAAGGUCUAAUACCAGAAGAAGUAUUGAAGAUGUAGAAGAACCACGGAACGAACCUCAGAUUUCUGAUGUGUCUUUGUUAGAUGGUCCGGAUGCCAUGAGGGAAUUGACAUGUGCUGAGUCACUUAGCUGUGAAAUCACAUCAAAGUUAGAUGAGAAAACUGAAGAUGAGGAAAAUCCUCAAGUGGAUGGCUCAGCAGAAAUGCUUGACACAGAAAUGGCCCCAGUGGAAUUGCCAAUGUUACUAGCUACAAAUCUGAAAGAAAAAAAGGACAAUGAACAUUCAACAGAAGAGGAGCAUGUUUUGGAAAGUGAUGAAGAGAAUAAAUGGAACAAGAGAACAAGGAAAAUGCUGCAUUAUUUACAUGUGCCUUUAAGUACUCCUUCAAACAUCAUAAUAGAUGAAUUAACUCAAUUAGUUCAGAUGCUAUCACAAAGCAUUAACAGUGUGAAGCGGUGGCAGAGUUCGUUGUUGUUGCCAGGAAACCUGGGUAACCUUUAUAAGGAGCUCAGCGAUGAAUCGGAAGUAGUUAGUAUCCACGAGGCGAGCCAGCGUCUUGUAGAAGAACAGAUGGAGAAUUCACUGGAUUUACUACCUAAAGUGUUCCGUUCGCCGCAGGAGGACAGUUCCACUAAUAUUCAAUCCAAAUAUAGCGAAGGAGAUCUCAAUAAAGAAGUUGAUUGUUUCAGUUUGUUGGAUCUCUGUAGAAACACUAACCGAAAACAGGCAUCUGCUAACUUCUACAGUUUCCUGGUGCUGAAAAAGCACUUAGCAAUUGAACUUCACCAAGACAGACCUUAUGCUGACAUCACUGCAACACCAGGGCCAAAGUUUCAUACAAUCUAGUUAUAGAAAGUUUGCGUAAAUGAGGAUAUGCAAAACUUUGUUCAUGAGUUGUUUUUUUUUUAAUGGACAGCAGUCUCAGUCAACUUUCUGCUGAGGAAGUCCACUUGCUUUCUAAGUUGAAGCAGUAUUUGUUUCUUGGUACUUCUGAAUGAUAAUGCAGCUAAAAGUAUUCAUACCAUAUAUUAUAGAUAUGGUAUUUAAUUUCAAGAUCAUUUUCUCUGUUUUAAAAUAGGACAUUUUUUGUGAGUUAAUGUUAUGAACUUUGUUUUCAGGAAAUCUUUGCUUUCCGUGUAGCAAUGCUGCAUGGACUUCAGUUUACAACAGAGAAAAAAGACAACACUGUUACAUAUGACUGUUACUUGUAUUUCAGCAUUCUGAUGCCUAAAGUGAUUGCUUCUUCUCAGUAUCCUUUAUGUUUCAUUCAUGUCAUCAUCUUUAAAAUAUUAAUCACACUAGACAUCAGGAAUGGUUUGUUAGCACUUUUAAGUAAAGAGGUGCCAUCAGUUAUUAAAAAAAUGAAUUACAAGUUUGUAAGUCAAUUAAAAACAUGUAUCUACUUAUAUGUUUUAUAUGGAGUAAGAAUUUAAUUUUAAGCAUAAAACUGAGAAGUUAGUGCUUAUUUCUCAAAGUGAGCAUCCAUCCAUAUAUAACCCCUUUUCCCAUUUUUGCACAUAGGAUCGGGGUGUCACUUCAAUAGUGAUAAUCAUCUAAAGCCAAGUGUUCACACUGACAGGUGGCUUGCCUUGCCAUAACUUCUUAAAAUUAGCAUCUUUAUUGUCAAAUGCAGAUGAUAUGCAAAUAUAUAUGCAUAUAUGUACGUGUAGUGCAUAUUUUUUUAAAUACGCAUAUUUAU